AUGAGCAUCACAGACAAGCAAAUUGGAGAAUGGUGUUUCGGUAGAGAGAUUGGAAAAGGUUCAUUUGCCAUCGUUUACCACGGCUGGCACUCGAGUAGCAAUCCAAAGGCUAGCUCUUGCGCUAUUAAAUCCGUUAUCAGAUCAAGGCUCACCGCCAAGUUGCUUGAUAAUCUAGAGGCCGAGAUAAGCAUCCUCAAGCGUAUACAGCAUCCAAACGUAGUCGGCUUGCUCGAUUGCAUAAAAACUCCAACUCAUAUCCACUUGGUCACAAGUUACUGCUCCGGUGGCGAUCUUAGUUGCUACAUCAAGAAACGCGGCGAGGUUCCUACUCUCGAGUACUGGCCAUCUGGCUUUGAAGGCGUUGGCCAUGCCGCUUUCUACAAGCACCCACAGCUUGGUGGCUUAGACGAGCGUGUCGUACGCUCAUUUUCUGGUCAGCUCGCCCAAGCUUUGUUGUUCCUCCGCUCUCAGGACCUUAUGCACCGUGAUAUCAAACCUCAGAAUCUCCUUUUACAGCCCCCAGACACCACUGCUAUAGCCAACGGUCAUCCUAUCGGCAUCCCUAUUCUCCGAGUCGCUGACUUUGGCUUUGCUAGAAAUCUCCCUGCCGCUACUAUGGCUGAAACUCUCUGCGGCUCUCCACUCUAUAUGGCCCCUGAAAUUUUGCGCUAUGAGAAAUACGACGCUAAAGCCGACCUUUGGAGUGUCGGUGCUGUCAUGUAUGAAAUGACAACUGGAAGACCUCCUUUUAGAGCUCAGAACCAUGUUGAGCUUCUCCGUAAGAUCGAGAAAUCUGAUGAUAAGAUUAAGUUUCCUUCUUCGUCAGAGGUAGAUAUCCCCAGGGACAUCAAAGACAUAAUCAGAUCUCUGCUCAAGAGGCAUCCCAUUGAGAGGAUAUCGUUUGACGAAUUCUUCAGCUGGCCCGGUUUCGAUUCUUUCGAGAAAGACUCAAAGUGCACUCAAAAUGUCUACGCUGAAGCUGCCAAAGAGACUUUUGGUACGUCUCCAUUAAGUAUAUCAAAACCUGUACAAUCUACAAGCCGACCACCACUCACUACUCAUGUCACUUCCCCUGAUACAUCUAACAACGCCGUCGCAACAACAAGAAGACCCUCUUUUACGCCAAAAUAUAUAGUUGGGCCAUCUAGAGCAGCUACGACGAAUGCUGUUCCCUCUACUUCCCCAAAGAGCAGCAGUCCUAGAGAACAAUCAUUAGCCAGGUGCACUAGUCUCGGCGAAAGCGUGGAAAAGUUCAGUGGACUGCAAUUAGGUUUCAACGAGCGCAUCAAUGAUACAUCAGAAACUCGCAUUUCAAAGUUUCAAUUACCAGCGAACGAAGAUUCAAUUGUCGGCAAGGAGUAUGUCGUGAUUGAGAAAAAUGCCGUAGAGAUUAACAACCUCGCUGAUGACAUGGCAGCUGCAGCAAGACGCCAGCCUGUCGUCGGAAGAUUGAACAGUCGCGGAAAUUACGGUGGACCAGGUACAGGUGUUUUUGGAGACACCCUUCGUCGUGUUUCUGAUCCUAAUGUCAACGCAGCUGCAGCUGCAGCAACUCAAGCAAAAGUAGGAAACACGCCUCCAAACAACUAUAUUUCUAAGUUUCCACUACCUGGUACAUCUCCAACGAGCGCUGGUUUCGGUUCGUUCCCUCGCAGACCAUCGAUCAGUCCAACAACGCCUGCACCAGUGUACAACCAGGCAUACCAUCAAGUAGCGCACGAUGUGCAAGUGAAGGAGGGUGCGCAUCCUCAGCUAUCGCAUCAGCCUCAGUCGCAUCAGCCCAAGAGUGCGCUAACGCGGGCUAUCAAUUUAGCUAGCUUGAGGCUUUUUGGUAGUGGAACGCCUGGACGAGUGUUGGCGCUAGUCAAGGGAGGCAACAAAGCUUAUUCAUAUGCAUACAACGAGCAGAAGGAGACGGAUAUACUCCGACAACUAGAAGAACUCGCUCAGAAAGCUUUUGUUAUAUUUGAUUUCGCUGACUCAAAAUUAUACCAAGCGAUAGCGACCGAACAUGGGAAUGUUCCGUCUUCAAAAAAUCUUGACGAGAUGAGUGGGUUGCCACCAUGUUUCUAUAGCUACUGUCAGCAGCGUGCAUCUCAAGAUAUUGCUAACGGUGUAAUGAGCAGUAAAUCAUACGACAAUGGUGAGAAGCUGGCAGCAGAAGCCGUCCUACUCUACAUCAGAGCAUCUACAGUACUAUCGCAGGGCGGAGAACUAGUAGUGAAAUAUAUGACAGGACGGAGUAGCACGCAGACUCAGUCUUUUUCCAAUGGUCUCAACGAUGCUGUACAGUGGUUCAGAUACAAGUACAAUGAUUGCUUCGAUAAAGCUGAUUAUGCAAAAGGAAAGUGCGGGAAUGAGAUAAUAGAUAGUGUGGAGUAUGUGAGUCAAAUGCUAUUCGAGAGAGGGAUGGAAAUUGCAAGAGCGAGUGCACUGGAUGAGCUGAUGGGAGAGGAUGUCUAUAAGUGCGAGGCGGCGUACGAAACUAGCUUGUGGAUUCUUGAGGGACUUCUAGAUGCACAUACUAACGAUGAUGAGGACAGAAACAUGUUCUUACAGUACAAAACGUCAAUUGAGAAGCGACUUCAUGGACUUAAGAAGAAAAUUUGCAGGACUUCUGUUUAG